AUGGAAAGGAACUUAUCCGGGAAAGAAAAUAAUAGUCUGAAUAAAUUGAAAGUUGAACAACAAAGUGAAAAUUCCAAGCCUAAAGUUGUAAAUCGUGUAAAUUCUAGCAGUAAUAUUCUCGCACAAAAAACUAUUAAUAUAGGCGAUCCUUUAGGUCAAGGAAGAUUUGGGCGAGUUUUUAUGGCUAAAGAAAAAUCAAGUGGUAAAAUUGUUGCACUUAAAGUGAUGUUUAAAAAUGAUUUAAAGGAACAUAAACUUGAAGGUCAAUUAAAAAGAGAGAUUGAAAUUCAAUGUCAUUUAAGGCAUCCCAACAUUUUGCGUUUAUAUGGUUAUUUUCAUGACAAGGAACGUGUUUAUUUGAUCUUAGAGUAUGCGGAAAAAGGAGAAUUAUAUAAACAUCUAGUUAAAUAUGCUCUAGGUUAUCUUAAUAAGAAAAAUGUCAUCCAUAGAGAUAUUAAACCUGAAAAUCUUUUAUUGACAGCAAAUGGAAUUGUUAAGAUUUCAGAUUUUGGAUGGGCAGUACAUGUUCCUUCAAAUAAACAAAAUUCUAGGCGUAUGACUUUUUGUGGAACCCUUGAUUAUUUAGCACCCGAGAUGGUGAUGAUGAGUAGUCACGAUGCAAAAAUUGAUUCAUGGGCUCUUGGUAUCUUGUGUUAUGAGUUUUUGAUAGGUACACCUCCAUUUGCUGAUAUGGAUAGUGAAGUUGAAACUUGUAACCGAAUCACUAAAGUAGACCUUAAAUUACCUGAUAAUAUCUCGUUGGAAGCAAAAGACUUAAUUCAAUCGUUAUUACGUUAUGAACCUGAAUUGCGUUUACCUGUUGAAAAAAUAGCAACACACCCUACGAAAGUUGAAAUCAAAAGAGCUUAUUCAAUUUUUGCAGAAGGAAGAUUACUCCUACUUGGAGUUAAGCGAGAAGAUUAUCGAAAUUUUACGAAAGGAGGAGAUUAA